GUCCCUGCUUUGGCUUACCAGCGCCUCCUGUCCUGGACACCGCUGGUCGCCUCUACGUGUAGCCACCGGGGCAUCGCUCGCCUCCCAGCACCGUCUAGAGCGACCGCCAUCAUCAGAGGCGCACGCGAAGAAGUUUGAGCACAGCCGUUCUGGCGCAAAGGUAUCCACUGGGUCCAGCACCCUCAUUCGAUAAACACCGGCCCCCGCGUCGGUGCCCCCGUCUUCACGACAGCGCAUGGCGCGGGCGCCCCCGCCCGGCACGCUGCCGCUGCUGCUCGUGCUGGCGCACCUGUGCCGGCUCGGCUCCGCGGCGAUCUGGUCGCCGAGCGGCGGCGACUCCGUGGAGGUCCGGAGCAGCGGCCGGCUCAUCCGGUCCCACGACCCUCCGCCCGGCAAGGCGCUGGGGCGAUCGCUGGAGGUGCAUCCGUCCGGCGAGGUCGCGCGGGCGGCGCCCGACGCCGCGGCGCUCCUCGCGGGCGCGCCCGGCGGAGGUGGGGACGAGGGGCCGCCGCUGCAGAGGGCCGUGGCGCCACCGGGCGAGCGCUGCUCCAAGGCCGUCGCGAAAGCGGAGGUUCUGCUCUCGUUCUACGUCGCCGACCAGGCCGCCGACGGCCGGGCAACCGGCCCUGCGCUGGAGCGGGUCCUCCAAGCCUUGAAGGCCCGCGACAAGGAGAGGCUCAGCGCCGACGCCGUCCUCGAGGCCCUCAGCGAGGUCGACCUGGGCACGGCCCUCCGCAGUGGCCACGUAUGGACCGUGCAGGACCAGUGGGACCUGCUCGACGGCUGCGUCGGAGGCACGGCCCUGCUGGCCCUCGAGGAGCGCGCGCGCACGCCCUCCGGCGAGCUCCUGCUGCAGGGCGACGUGCUGCCCGCCGCCGCGGCGUCGGGCGGGGCGGCGAACCAGACCGUGGCGCUCGGCGUGACAGACUGGCCCGACGGCAAGGUCUCGUACUGCUUCCUCGACGGCCUCGACGGCGCGUCGAGGAGGGCCUUCGUGGCCGCGGUCGACCACGUCCGGAGCCAGGUGCCCUGCCUGUCCUUCGAGGAGAUCCCGAGCGAGUCGGGGAGCGGCUUCUGUCGCUCCAGGCCCGCGAUCGCCGUCAGCGGCAACGCGGGAGUCUCCGGCUGCUGGUCGGACGUCGGCAUGCGCGCCGACAGGCAGAGCCAGCGCUUGAACCUCGGCCGCGGGUGCGGGCUCAUGGGCGUGGCGGCACACCAGCUGCUGCAGGCUCUCGGGGCGACUCACGAGCUGUCGCACCACAGGCGGGACGAGUUCGUGGACAUCCUUGUGGGCAACACCGAUGCGUCCGCCCUCGGCACGAACUUCCAGAUCGACAGGAGCGUCGACGUGCCCUCCUUUGCCGACUUCGACCCCCUGAGCUUGAUGGCGGGUAGUGCCAAGGCUUUCUCGGUGAAUGGCAGGGACACCGUAGAGCUGAAGGUCCCCUCGAACGGGGCCGUGUCCACGAGGCUGCCCCUGCUGUCGCGACUGCUGGGGCAACGCCACGGCCUCUCGGAGAUCGACGCUCGCCGGCUGGGCGAGCGGUACGGCUGCGCCGAGCGGGUGGUGCCGGCAACCCCCACCAGGAGACUCUCCAAGGUCCUGCUUGCGGGCGGGGGGCUGAAGGUGGAGGGCGGGUGCGCCGACGCCAACUAUACUGGCCUGCUCGCCGAGGGGGCCGUCGGUUCGGUGGACCUUCAGUGCCGGGCGCUGAGGGACAGGUGCCAGGACCCGGAGUUCAGCGCCAGGCUGGCCCAGAGGUGCCCCGUCACGUGCAUGGCUUGCGUGCCGGUGCCAGAAGUGGAGUUGGAGGCGGGCGAGCCUGUUCAGGCUGUGUUUGAGCAAUUAGACAGCGAUGAUGACAGCGCGGCCGAGGCAUUCCGGGUGCCCUCGUGGAGAUGCAAGGACUCGUUGGCCACAGGCGUCAAGCUCAAGAACAGCGGAACUGCCAAUUGUUCGGAGUUGUACAACUACUGCGACCACUUGACCCUAGCCGAACACAUCAAGAGAGUGUGCCCCAUGACCUGCGGGAUGUGCGUUCCCUUAGUCGUGAAGCAGGUGAGUGAUUCCUCCUCCAGCUCAGCAGCAGCAAGCAGUCCAAGGAGAUCAGACGAACCUUGCGAUGAUGAUGCGGACGACCACGUGCCCGUGCUCUUCAUGGGUCACAAGGUCAUGGGCUGCACUGAUAUCAAAGAGUUCUGCUUCGGUCACCCAAACUCCAGGCACAUCGCGAGGAAGUGCAAGGUGACGUGCGGCGUGUGCGAGCUCCCCGAAGCCGAUCUGGACCAGGUGGAUCUGAUGGAGCCGAACACUACGACCCCGGCGCCCGUCGUGGCGGUGGCGGAGCCAGAGCCGAAGUACGACCAGUUCGAUGGGCCCAGCUGCUCUCGAAGACGGCGCUGGGGGCUCUGCUCGUCCCGGCGGCGGGACGGCACGCCAGGAGAUCCUGCGGUCGACUCCGCCGAUUUUUUUCCUCACGUCGGCCACAAUUGGGAGGUACAGCGGGUGCAGGGGCGCUAGGUGGCUGAGCACCAGAGGCCGAGUGUGGCACAGGCGACGCAGCAGCAGCAGCAGCAGCAGCAGCAGCAGCAGCAGCAGCAGAUGCCUCGACUGAAGGAAGGGUCAGCGCGCGGGCCCCGAUAGAGAAGGGCAACUGAGGCCCAGCCUGGGCUUCAUGAGCGGGCCGAUGGGGCGCUAGAAAAACCGGCUGCAGGACGAGACAGACAGAGAGAACGCCGCCUCCUCCUCCG